UUGAGAGCGACCAGGUGGAACUUGCUUUGUUAACACGGAGAAACGUUUGAUAAUGAACACACUGUGACUCACAGACGGAGACAGAGCAGCUGCUCGACAUGAUUUACUUAAUAUUAUUGUCCGCUCUGUCGGGAGCAGUCGUUACGUUGGUGUUACAGUUCCUGCUCAUAUACCGGAGGAGCCCCGAGCCCGCAGGCAGGACGGUGCAGUAUGUUAAAGUAGUGCCUGAUAACGCAUUGAAGGAUUACUUUAAUACCCAACAUGAGCCAGGCCAACAGCAGCAGCAACAGCAGCAGCAGGACAGCACAGCAGCCGCAGCAGAGGGCCUCUCCAGCAGGCAGCAGGACUCGGCUGUCCCCGGCCCCAAACAGCCUCCACCGCCUCCACACAGCGAGCACACUGAUGGGGCCAAAGCGGAAACCUGCAAUUUCCUCAACGCUAUAUUUUUGUUCCUAUUCAGGGAGCUGAGAGACACGCCAGCCGUCAGACACUGGCUCACCAAGAAGAUCAAGGUAGAGUUUGAAGAGCUGCUGCAAACCAAGACUGCAGGCCGGCUCCUGGAGGGGCUGAGUCUGCGGGACAUCUCUCUGGGUAACUCUCUGCCCGUCUUUAAAACGGCCACACUGGUGGACCCGCUGCACAAGAACGAGGACGGCAUGCCCGAGGAGCUCAACUUUGAGGUGGACAUCGAGUAUAACGGAGGUUUCCACCUGGCCAUCGACGUGGAGCUGGUGUUCGGGAAGUCCGCCUACCUGUUCGUGAAGAUGAAGAGGGUGAUGGGGAGGCUGAGGCUGCAGUUCACACGCAUGCCUUUCUCCCACUGGUCCUUCACCUUCCUGGAGGACCCGCUGGUGGACUUUGAGGUGAAGUCUCAGUUUGAGGGUAGACCCUUACCUCAGCUCACCUCCAUCAUAGUCAACCAGCUGAAACGAGUCAUCAAGAAGAAACACACCUUACCCAACUACAAGAUCAGAUACAAGCCGUUUUUCCCGUUUCAAGUCCAGCCUCCGCCAGGGUCAGCUUGUGAUUUGGAUCUGUCAGUGCAGGACAGCAGACUGGUGGAAGGAAGACUUAGAGUCACCCUGACUGAAUGUAGCAGGCUGUUCAUCCUGGGCUCCUAUGACAGAGAAACCUACGUUCACUGCACCUUGGAGCUGAGCAGCCACCAGUGGAAGGAGAAGACCCGCAGCUCCAUCAAAAAAACGGAGGUUAUCAAAGGGCCAUGUGGCAGCGUGGGGAUGACGUUCAGACAUGUCCCUGCCAGCGAGGGGGAUGCAGUCCACGUCAGCAUAGAGACGGUCACGCCCAACUCCCCCGCAGCCUUGGCAGACCUGCAGAAGGGGGAUCGCCUCAUUGCCAUCGGAGAUGUCAAAGUGACAUCCUCGGUUCAAGUGCCCAAACUGUUAAAGCAGGCAGGAGACAAGGUGGUGGUAUUUUAUGAGAGGCCGAUCCGUCACCAGACUUCCUCCUUGGGAACCCUGGGAACUCUUCAAGAGGGAUAUGGGCAGCUGGAGGAAACAGGUUUUAUUUCCCAGCCUGGGGGAUAUGAAGAAGACCCUGCCCCAAUCACCACCCUGUCUGACAUGUCCGACAGCAAAGACAUGGACUCUGAGUUUGAAGAAUUGAUUGUGGACUCCAAACCCAACCAGACUGGUAGCCCUAACAGCAGUACCACAAAUACCAGUGACACAAAGGAGGAUUUCUUACUUACAGUGAACCAAAGCCCCAAAAGGACUGUGGCCAACUUGGCCUCUAAGCCCCUUGGUACCAUAUCGCCCAUUCUCAAUCGCAAGUUAAACCUGGUGGGUCUCCAGUCUCCACUAAAGCCCCAGCCCAAAGAAUCACCAAAGCCCUCACCACAUAAGACCAGUAGUGACCCAGGGGAGGUUCUGCAACGCCCCACUGUCCCUCCCCCACCUCCCCCUUCUCGUCCCCCAGUGCCGCCAAGACCUCAGAUAAGGUUGACAUCAGCCUCCUCAGAAACAAGUCUUUUGGAAGGUGUUGAUUCUGUUACAACUGCUAAUGCUACUGUUUCUACCGUGACUACAACUGUAAGCACUGGUGAAAAAUCUCCAGAAAAAUCUCCUCUCACUGGAGCCAAUGAGGACAAAGCUGCUGAGAAGACAUGUGUCAAACAAGCCGAGGCAAAGCAGUCCACCAGGUCAGCAGAGUCCAAUGACGAGCAGUCAGUCCCUUCCACAUUGACCAGCAGCAAAGCAGACCAGGCAAAGGACAAAGUAUCAGAGAGCUCUUGUAGCACACGGGACAGUCUAGAGGACCAUUCCCUCUGGGAAUCCCCAGAGGCCAGGUUUCGUAACAAGACAGCACGCUGGUCCAAGGCCUCUAUGGUGUUUGAGGCGGAGAGCAACCAUAAGUACCUUAAUGUGGCCCUUUGGUGCAAAGAUCCCUUUAAGUUGGGCAGUUUGUUGUGUCUGGGUCACAUCAGCCUCCAGCUGGAGCAUAUAGCCCUGGAAUGUAUGGCUACAUCUUCAGCAGACUACCAGAGCACCUUUAGGCUGGGCCCUCCAGAGCCCAGAGCUAAUGUCAGCCGCACUGCACUACGCAGCCUCAGCACCCACAAGGGCUUUAAUGAGAAGCUGUGUUAUGGAGAUGUUACUCUGAACUUCUGUUAUUUAGCUGAGGGUGAAUUAGAGUAUCCAGGAGGACUAGCAGAGAGGGAACGGGAGGGGAGUCUCCAGGAUGAGGAUCUAAGGGAGAGGGAGAGGGAACAUAUCCCUUCAGCACCGCGGGAUGACCUGGUCUACAAUCCGAUGCAGCUUGUGGAGGUUCGCCACAACUUCCAGGACACCCAGUUCCAGAACCCCACCUGGUGUGAAUACUGCAAGAAAAAAGUUUGGACCAAGGCAGCUUCUCAGUGUAUGGUCUGCGCCUACGUUUGCCACAAGAAGUGCCAGGACAAGUGCCUCGCUGAAAAUCCUUUCUGUGUGGCAGCAACAGAGCGUCGUGGAGCUGACCUUGAAGCCAAAUCUACCAUAAAUCGGGCCACCACUGGCCUAACGCGCCACAUCAUCAAUACCAGCUCCCGCCUGCUUAACCUCCGCCAAGUUCCCAAGACUCGGCUUGUUGAGCAGGUGGCUGAUGUGGUGCCUGGAGGUGUAGAGCCUUCACCUAAGCAUACCCCCAACACUUCAGACAAUGAGAGCAGUGAUACUGAAACCUACGCUAGUGGCGCCAGCCCCUCAAAGCAGCCUGCUGGCAGUGGUGGCAGCAGUAAACUUGUACGCAAGGAAGGUGGUUUGGAUGACAGUGUGUUCAUUGCUGUGAAGGAGAUAGGCCGCGACUUGUACCGGGGGCUACCCACAGAUGAGCGCUCUCAGAAGCUGGAGCUGAUGCUGGACAAGCUGCAGCAGGAAAUUGACCAGGAGAUCGAGCACAAUAAUGCCCUUCUGCUGGAGGAGAGGGAGGCCACAGAUGUCCGGCGCAAGGCCCUAAUUAGUACUGCCCUGGCCAAGUCUGGGGAGAGACUCCAGGCUCUCACCCUGCUAAUGAUCCACUACCGGGCAGGCAUUGAAGACCUGGAGUCAGUGGAGAGUACCUCUCCUUCAGAGCAGCAAGGCUUUAAGAGCAAAGGAGAAGGCCUGGAGGAAGAGGCCCUGAUGGGGACAGAGGUCUAUGAUAGUGACAUAUGCAGCCCUGUGGAGGUGCAACUGUUGGAUGACAUUACUGAGGAGCAGAUCUGUGUGGAGGCACUCCACUAGAUAAGAAUAGAAUAAAGAGAAAGAAAGAGGAACAUGUGCUUUGGGCUUGUGCCUCCCAGCAAAAUUAUGCCCAGUUUGUUUUUUGAGAUUGGGGAAUUUCUACGGUCCAUUUGAAAUAUUGGGUAUGUCGGGGUCUAGUGUUCGAUCCACAUGUUUAUUUUUAUUUUUACAUGAAAAAGAAAGGACGGGUGAAGGAAUUUCAUCCCUGAGGAUACAUGGUAAACCUCUUAUUGAUGAUUUGAUUUGCACAAUGUGAUGCCGUUUCCAUGCUUUAGGUUUUUAAAGGGAAAAAGCUACAAUAUCAUCUGCCCUCAGUAGUGCUGCACGUAUAUCCUUGAUUUGUUUUACUCUGUACCAUAUGUCAUUGUAAGCAUUUAAUCCACUUUGCUUUCUUGUCAGUAACUGUCUAGUCUGAAUCAUGUUAAAUUUGAAAGAUAAUACUUGUUAAAUGAUUGUUUGCUGCGAGUAACAAGCCCAUAUAAAGGUGUCAUACUUGAGUCUAACCCAGUGUGAAGACUACUAGGGAAAAGCAGGUUUAGACAUCAGCGUCUGUGGAACAUGUAAUUUGUCUAAGUACCCUGCAAACAGUCAUACGUAUUCUUUGUUUUCGGCACUUUUUAAAGUCUUAGUUAAGAUUUUCCCUGCUCACAAAGCUCUGUGGGAUUUCAAAAGCUGCAUAAUUAUUAGUGGAAUGGAUAAUGUUAUAUAUAAUUUGCAUUUUUCCUUUGGUUAUUUUGUGUGUAUUGGUUUGGCCAAAACAUGGACUAUGUAACUCAUAUAUUUUAUUUGUUUGAAGAUGUAAUGAUGUAAUUGAAUCAAAAUGGGUUUUUUUUGUUUCUUGCCAAGUUCCUUCUUCUAAAACUCAAAUACGGCAUAUUGCUAAUAGUGAUGAACUUGCAUAGAUGCAAUGUGAGAAAGGCACAUAACUGACUUUAUUGAUUUCUCUCUGAAUGAAUGUUACCCAUAUUAGGAGCUAUCAUGAUGUUUCAAUUUUUGCAUUUAUUUAAUUGGUUUAAUGGGUGUGCGUGUUGGUGUAUAAAGAUGACUACCAUGCUUCAAGAAGUUAUGAUGUGAUUUAGUGCAGAUCGUUUGCCUUCAUGAGUUGUUUUCAUGCCCAAAUGAAUGUAUGUUCAGCCCUUUCUGUGUUUUGUGUAUAUACAGCCCUUCGACACUGCCCCCCUCCCCCAUCCCCCCUGCAAACCAUCAAGCAUUAAUGUAGCCUGUCACAGUGAUUCCAUCAUAACCAGCUACAACUCCCAAAAUGCUAUGCUUAUCUUUUACACCCUUAGAGAGCCACUGGAGAAGAACUAUAUGUGAAGAGGGAAUAUCUUAUUCUUAAAUGUUAAAAGGAAAAAUUUACCCCAAAAACGCUGAAAAUAUCUUUAUCUAUUUUGGUGGUGAUGUUCUUCUCUUUUCUUUCUUUCUUCCUGUGGUUAUCUUGCCAGUCAUUUCCAGCACAAAUACCAUUGAGUUUGAUAGCUUUCUGAAAAUAGUAGCAGUUAGCAGGUAAUGCUAUCAGUCACAUCUUUGACGUUUUCCAUAAAGGAAAUAAGUGUAGAGUCAACCUUUGAUUGGAAGAAAGUGGGUGUCCAGACUGAAAAGAAGUAUUUGAUUGGCCACUGCAGCACCUUGCCCUGUUAAAAAGCAUUGUGUUGUGAAAGUAGAAUCAGUUUUAACUUUUAUUUGACUGCAGCCCUCUAUGUUGGCACCCUACACUGCCCCAUUCAAAUGAAUGAAGAGGCUGUGUUUCUUCACACAGGGCUGAGUGCUUGUUGGAUUGUCUUUCAGCACCUGAAACUCUCUUCCUGACAGCAGACUGUGGAACCUGCAUCUCUGAAUUUUUGUAACUUUCCCUGACAAUCUGAUACACACUGAUUGGCCCAGUGUGUGCAGAGAUGCAAAAUUUGAAUAUUGUACUUUUGCCACUUUUCGUGUGAACACCAUGAAUGCUUUUGAGGAGAGACUGUUUUGCAAAUGUGCCAUGCUCCUAUUUGUAUGAUUCAUGGUGUUGAGAACUAUAACGAUGCAAAUUUGAAAGGGAUACAACCCUGUCAGUCAAAAAGGGUAUAAAAAC